AUGGGACAGCAAGCAAAGGCCGAGGCUGCGGACAUCUUCAAAGCGGUGUUGCGGAGCAUUGCCGAAUGCGAGAAGCCAACACGCUCCCUUCAGGAAGCAGAGGCUUAUUCAAAACUUUACUAUCAAACACAUAUAAAGGCGACAGUGGACGAAGUGCUGAAAGCUGAAGCAGAAUUACUGCAAGUCAAAAACAAGACACUUACAAAUGGAAAGUGUGUCGCCAUUGCGAAGCAACAUACAGCAAGCCUCUAUAGUGUAGAGACUGACGAGAUUAAGGCAGAGGUACAGAAGUAUAUCGAGAAUCAGAAGAUGGAGAAGGGUGAUGAAGCGAAAAUGUGGAGCCAAGAUGACUAUGCAAGAAAUCUAGAAAAACUUGCCACUAUCGCCAAUAAGUUCCUAAAGGGGCUGGUGGAAGCCACUGGGUUCUCAUUCUCUCUGCCAGCUGGUGGCCCAUCCCCAGAGUGUAAUGGUUCAAUCGAUGUCUAUAGGCAUUUUGGGAAUGACUUUAGUAAGAUGUAUCCAGAAUUUGAGAGGGGAAUCAUGGCUCCAUUUAGAGAUUACCUAUACCGAGUGUAUCCUGAUCUGGCAGUUUUGAACGGAAGCCUGGGGACUUCGACAAUGGGAGAAGCUGACAAAUCUGCUCCUGAAACUUCUCGUGUGUCUUUGUCCCUUAUGCAGCCUGACUCAGUUGGACAGACUUUCUCUGGAAACACCACUGGUGAUAAUUGGAACCUUGAUGAGGAUUUUUGGACCACCCUUGCUGCUCAGGUUGCAGAUUUUAAUAGGUCAGGUGGCAGUCCAGUCUUACCAGAGUCAACCUCACAAUUUUCUUCCCCAACUCUGCAACAUGUUGCACCCGAAGUUUCACUGCCGCUGCUGCAUGUUCCGCAGUCCAUAACUCCCAUCACCUCCCUUUACACUGCAUUGGCACCACCACUACCGCCACUCCUGCCUGGCUCUCAGCCAGUGUGUUUGAUGCCCCUACCUCCUCCUGUAUCUCAGCCGGUGAGUCUGAUGCCCCCACCUCCUCCUGUAUCUCAGCUGGUGAGUCUGAUUCCCCCACCUCCUCCUAUAUCUACACCACCUGUAUCUCCUCUGAGUCCUCCCUGCAUGGAGCCAUUUGCCGGUGGUGGUGGACACUCGCUUGCUCACGAUGGUGAACCUUCUGAUUGA